UGUAGUAAUAAUCAUGGUUUGUCUCCAAUAUUUAUUGAUGGCCAUUUUUUUCUUGUUGGGUGAAAACCUAGUUGCCGAUGGGUUCGCCUGCAACUGGGGAUUGCAGGCGUCCCACCCUCUUCCGCCCGACAUCGUGGUCAAGCUGAUGAAGGACAACGGGUUUGACAAAGUGAAGUUGUUCGAGGCCGACCCCUAUGCCUUGGAGGCUCUUGGCAAGUCUGGCAUUCAAGUCAUGGUCGGGAUCCCUAACGACAUGUUGGCUGGUAUCGCGAGUAGUGUCCGUAUCGCGGAGCAAUGGGUCGAGAAGAAUGUUUCCCACUUUAUCUCCAAUCUAGGGGUCGAUAUCAGAUAUGUUGCAGUCGGAAAUGAGCCAUUUUUGAAAACCUACAACGACAAGUUCACCCAAAUCACCUUCCCAGCGCUGCAGAACAUCCAGGCAGCGCUGAUCAAGGCGGGCCUGGGCCGCGACGUGAAGGCGACCGUCCCCCUCAACGCGGACGUCUACCAGUCGGACUCGGGCGCGCCCUCGGGCGGCGACUUCCGCCCGGACAUCCACGCGCUCAUGCUCUCGAUCGUCAAGUUCCUGAGCGACAACGCGGCCCCACUCACCAUCAACAUCUACCCCUUCCUCAGCCUCUACGCCGACUCCCACUUCCCCCUCGAAUUCGCCUUCUUCGACGGGGGCGCGGCCCCCAUCGUCGACGGCCCCGCCACCUACACCAACGUCUUCGACGCGAACUACGACACCCUCAUCACAGCCCUCGAGAGGAACGGCUUCCCCAACCUCCCCGUCAUCGUGGGCGAGAUCGGCUGGCCCACGGACGGGGACGCCAACGCCAACCCCCGCCUGGCCAGGCGAUUCAACCAGGGCUUGAUCGCCCGGAUCAACGGGGGCCGGGGCACCCCCAAGCGGCCCGCCCUGCCCGAUAUAUACAUGUUCUCGUUGCUCGACGAGGACAUCAAGAGCAUCGAUCCCGGGAACUUCGAGCGGCAUUGGGGGGUGUUUUACUUCGACGGCGUCGUGAAGUACCCCCUCGCUUUGGGGCGGGGGAGGAACCUCACGGCGGCGAAGGGGGUUCGGUAUCUGGCGCGGCAGUGGUGUGUCAUGGCGCCGGAUGCUGACCUGGCGGAUCCGGGGCUGGGGGCGGGCAUGAGCACGGCGUGCACGUACGCGGACUGCACGAGCCUUGGGGCGGGGUCGUCGUGCGGGCAGUUGGACGCGAGGGGGAACGCGUCGUAUGCGUUUAAUAUGUAUUAUCAGACGGUGAAUCAGCAGAAGGGGGCGUGUGAGAGGUUUGGGAAGCUGUCGGUGAUAACGAGGAUUGAUCCGGGGUAUCAUGCUGGUUCUUGUAGGUAUGUGAUUAUGAUUGAUAGUGGGAAGCAUGAGGUGGCCAAGAAGCCGAGGACGUCGGCGGCAGAUGGGGGUGUGGCUGGUUUUGUGGUGGUGACGGCGAUGGUGGUGGUGGUGGUUCAGCUUGUUUUUGGUUUUUGAAUGAAAUUAAGAUUCAUAUUGUUAUUCUUGGUUUUGUACAUAUUAUUAAAUUGGAGUGUUUUAUUAUGAUUCUUUCUACUA